AUGUUGCAAGGCAAUGUGGCUAGGCACGGGGGUGCCGAAGGCAAAGGGGAUGUUGAAAGCACAAAGCUUGCAUGUUGCAGGGUGAUGUGGCUAGGCACAGGGGCUUGCAUGUUGCAAGGCAAUGUGACUAGGCACAGGGGUGCCAAAGGUAAAAGGGAUGCCGAAGGCAUAAAGCUUGCCUAUCGCAGGGCGAUGUGCCUAGUCACAGGGGUGCCGAAGGUGAAGGGAUGUCGAAGGCGACACAAAGGUUGCAUGUUUCAAGGCAAUGUGGUUAGGCAAGGGGGUGUCAGGGAUGCCGAAGACGCAAAGCUUGCAUGUUGUAGGGCAGUGUGCCUAGGUACGGGGGUGCCGAAGGAGAAGGGAUGCCGAAGGUGA